AUUUCUCUCGUCACUUUCAAAUAUUGGCUUUUCACAUUUCAACUUUCACUUUUCAAAUACUAUCUACUUCACACACACACACACACACACAAUGCAUUAGCAGAAGCAAUCUCUACAGAAAGCUAUCAUAGAGCAAUGUCUUGGAAAAUUAGAGUGGUGUUGUUGAUUGGGUUCGUGGCAUGGGCUUAUCGGCCCUUCCGCCCACCACCACCACCACGCCUCUGUGGCACAAAGGGCGGGCCACCCCUCGUAGGACCUAGAAUCCAACUAAGGGAUGGAAGGAACUUAUCAUACAAAGAGCAUGGAGUCCCCAAAGAGGCAGCCAAAUACAAGGUCAUCUUGGUCCAUGGCUUCAGCUCUAGCAAACACGAAGCCUCCAUCACUGCCACGGAUUUGGUGGAGAAACUGGGCAUUUACUUCGUGUCCUUUGAUAGGCCGGGCUAUGGAGAGAGCGAUCCCGACCCAAAGAGGACCAUAAAGAGCCUAGCAUUAGACAUAGAAGAACUCGGACUUCAGUUACAACUCGGUGCAAAGUUUUACAUCAUCGGAAUUUCCAUGGGAGGACAGGCUGUCUGGGGAUGCCUCAAAUACAUUCCUCACAGGGUAAAAGGGGCUGCAUUGUUAGCUCCAGUUGUGAACUACUGGUGGCCUAGUUUUCCCCCGGCUUUAGCCACAGAGGCAUACCAUCUUCAACCCGUGCAGGACCAGUGGGCAUUGCGUGUUGCACGCCACGCCCCCUGGCUCGUCUACUGGUGGAACACUCAGAAAUGGUUCCCGGGCUCCAGCGUUGCUGCAGGGACCCAAAACUUCACAGCUCCCGACCUCCAAAUCAUCGCUAAAAUGGCUGCCUCAGGAGCGUACGCGACGCAGCAGGGCGUGCACGAGUCCUACCACCGCGACAUGAUGGUGGGAUUCGGGCACAGGGAUCUUGAUCCAAUGCAGCUUGAGGAUCCCUUCCCACAUGGGGAGGGCUCUGUUCAUCUGUGGCAUGGCACUGAUGACGGGGUCGUGCCCGUGUCGCUUCAACGGUACAUUGCAGAGGAGCUGCCAUGGGUGCAAUAUCAUGAAGGCCCAUCAGUCGAAGGGCCUAGAAUCAGACUUAGGGAUGGAAGACACUUAGCCUACAUGGAGCAUGGAGUCUCCAAAGAGACAGCUAAUUAUAAGAUCAUUCUGGUUCAUGGAUUUGGCUCUAAUAAAAACGAGGCGCACUUUGCUAGAUCGGUUUUUCAGGCAUUGGUUGAGAAACUGGGGAUACACUUGGUUUCGUUUGAUAGACCGGGUUAUGGAGAGAGUGAUCCUGACCCAAAAAGAACGAUGGAGAGCAUUGCGUUGGACAUAGAGGAGCUCAGAGAUAAACUAGCACUCGGCCCCAAGUUUUACAUUAUUGGAACUUCCAUGGGAGGGCAAGUGGUUUGGGGUUGCCUCAAGUACAUUUCUCAUAGGCUAGCAGGAGUGGCGAUGAUAGCACCCGUUGUCAAUUAUUGGUGGCCGGGUUUUCCUGCGAAGCUAGCAACAGAAGCAUACUAUGAGCAGUUCCCACAAGACCAAUGGGCGUUACGGGUGGCACACUACGCUCCUUCACUCGUUUAUUGGUGGAACACUCAGAAAUGGUUUCCUCCCUCCAGUGUUGCUGCUGGAAGACCUAAUUUCACUGCACCGGAUCUCCAAGUUCUUGCAAAGUUAUCGGCUUCAAUGGUUAACAAGGAUUAUUCAACGCAACAGGGGCUGUUCGAGUCACUUCACCGUGAUAUGAUGAUUGGGUUUGGGAGUUGGGAUUUUGAUCCUAUGGAUCUUGAUAAUCCUUUCCUCAACAGAGAAGGGUCUGUGCACGUGUGGCAGGGCGAUAAUGAUGGCUUGGUUCCCGUCACUCUGCAGCGCUACAUUGCGAAGAAGCUCCCGUGGAUACAAUACCAUGAAAUGCCAAAUGCUGGGCAUCUGUUUCCACAUGGUGACACCACCGCGACAGAUGCUAUCUUGAACGCGCUCCUGGUAGGCGACAAGUGAUUUUAGAAAUGUUCGAUACCUGCACUGUGUUGUUAUUCUUGUGUCUGUUGAGACUUCAUGUUACAUGAAUUUAAUCCCAACUCUUGAUAGAAUGUAGCUUAGAAUGAGUUUUGGAGUAAGGAAAUUAUGUACGAGGAAUAGUGUUUGCAUUAUAAUGAGAUGGAAAACAGACAUAUGGCAAACUGAA